UUCAAAGCUGUCCUGCAAGUACUGCAACCAGUACCGUCAUAAAACUGCAUUGUGGCUGUUCAGCUUGGGGGUUAGGUGUUUGGUUAACCAGGUAGCAGCCGAGAGACAGUUAGGGCGUUUAGGGUCUGUGUUUAAACGCCAGGGAAUGGCGACCGUUACAAAGGAUGACAGGUUAACAAGUUCUCAAAGUUUUCUUUGCGUCGGGUUUGCAGGGAUUUUUAGCAAAACCGUCACGUCACCACUUGAGGUGGUGAAAAUUUUAAGUCAAGUGGGGACAUUUCACUGCAAGUAUGGGUUCAUGCGCAGUUUUCAGCUUAUUUAUCAGCAUGAAGGUAUGCGAGCGUUUUGGAAAGGAAACUGUGUGUCCUGUUUCCGGUUGUUCCCCUACAGUGCCAUACAUCUGGGAACCUACAAAACGAUUAUCCACCUCAAUAUGGAUGAGUUUGGUCGAAUUUCCCAGUGGAAGGCUAUCAUGACUGGUGGUCUAGCAGGUAUAUCUGCUGCUCUGCUUACAUAUCCCUUGGAGGUGGUUGAAACCAGAUUGAUUGCCCAGAACUGCAGAGAAUCUACAUAUCGCAGUGUGCUUCACACGCUUUCCAGCAUAAACCGACAUGAGGGGUUCCUAGCGCUAUACCGUGGCUUUUCUCUUACUAUAUUAGGUGCUGUCCCUUUCUCAAUUGGCUGCUAUGUAGUUUUUGUUAACUUGGAGAAGUUGUGGCAGGAGCACCACUUCCGUUUUACCUCUUUGCAGAACUUUAUUAAUGGCUGUCUUGCUGCAGGAGUGACUCAGACUCUCUCAUUCCCUUUUGAGACAAUUAAAAGAAAGAUGCAGGCUCAGAGUCUUCUUCUGCCACACUGUGGAGGGGUCGAUGUGCAUUUUACUGGGAUGAUGGACUGCUUCAAGCAGGUCAUCAAAACUAAAGGUGUCUUGUCCCUGUGGAAUGGCGUUACAGCCAACAUGCUCAAGAUAAUCCCUUACUAUGGCCUGCUCUUCAGCUGUUUUGAGAUGUGCAAGCAGUCCUGUCUUUACCAAAAUGGCUACACAGUGUCUCCAUUGAGCUACAAGCUUAAACCAGGAGUGGACCAAAGCCUGGGCCCAAAAGAACUGCAGGAGUUUAAGCGCUAUCUGAGAAACCGGCAAAUACAAGCCCAGAGUUCAUCAAUAGGAAAUCGUUGCCAAACCUAACUAUGUUAUAACCAAAUACUUGGUAGGGUUGAAAAUAAGGAGAGACAAAGUAGAAGUUUGCUGGAGCACUUUCUCUGAUGUUGAAAUGUCUGCUUAAAAGCAUACUACCACUUUUAAGUUUUAGAUAAAUUAAUUAAUACACUUAAAUUCACUUUUGUUCAAUACAUGCAAGAGUAGACAGUAGUUUUUUCUAGUUUUUAUUGCACUUCACAACUCGCACAAUGGAAUGCACAUAAUGUUCUGUAUCACUGAUGCUGGGUAAAUAUUGCAAGUAUUUAGUAAACAGUAUGGAUUUUCUAGUGUGUGAACUGAUCUUGUGCAAUCUAAAGUUUGGAGACCUUGUACAUCUUCUGUAACAGUACUCACUACUAAAUAUUUUGAGGAUUUUAUUCCAUGCUUGAAACACAACCCUUGUUUUAUGCGAUAUCUCAAAAAAAUAUACCUGGUAUAUAACACAUUGUGACAUAUAUUUCAGACAGUAUUAAUAUUGUAUCAAUAUUACUGCAGUUCUAAAACAGGUGCUGUUUUUUUAGACAUGCCAGUGAUGUUUUUCACUGUCUGUUCAACUGGUUCUAGGCAUGGACUAUUUCAGUGCCUUCAAAGAACUGAGGAACACGGUGGCUUAUUAUGCCAUAAAAUGUACCCAACAUUUAUGUGCUAGAAGAGUUUUUGUUUGUUUGUCUUGAUGUAUAGUAUAAAUGUUUACAUGUAAAUUAUGUAUCAAAUCAUGUUUCAUAUACUAUAAUGUAUGGUUGCAAAUGUACUACUAGCACUUGUAAAGAAUUAGAUUAUUUAUUAAAUUAUCUUUGUUUUAUGUUG